AGAUGAUAAAAUCUCUUAUAAAUUUUAAUUUUUUCAUAGAAAAAUUUCUAACCUGGGUUAUAGGAAUUCGAAUAUUAUACCGUAAUCUUACGCAAUUUCACGAGAGAAAAAAAUAAUUAAAAUUAAUAACAAGUGAUAAUUAAAAAUAAUUAUGCUGUUGAAUCGAUUGGGCUCAUUGACUUGUCAAUUGGCACGAAGGAAUCUAUUACAGAGAGUGAUUGCUCGAAGUAAUACUCAAAAUACUCAAGCAAGUAAAAAUAAAAAUAAGAAGGAUGAUGAUGACGACGAUGAGAUAGAUCAGCCAAUUCAAUACUCAACAUCACCAGCGGCAGAAUGGCAAGCGCGGUACAGUCAACAAGGUGCCAAUAGAGAUAAUUGGCCUUGGUAUCAACCACACAUUAUUGCUGCUAGUACUUUUACAUUUUUAAUUUACUUUGUUUAUCUAAGAGAAGCCAAUGACAUCGAUGAGAUAUUUGAGAAAGAGUUAGGUGAUCACUUUCCUGAGCUCAGAGAAGCAGAUAUCGCUAGAAGAGUUGCACCGGAUAUUGUUACCAAAAGAGUUUCAUAAUGUAGUUUAUUUUUUAUUCAAAUAAAUUAAGUCUUAUGUUAUUAAUAUACAUA